AUAUUUAUGGAGAAAAAUUAACUCUAAAUUGGUUGAAGUCUAUCAUAUUGGACAUUGAUAACGGAAUGGUGAUAACGGAACAAGCUGUACAUGUUUAUGUACUUGCCGACAACAUAUGGAAUAUUUGGAAGUUAUGAUAUCCGGGAAGAUAAAGUUCCGGGUUUUGUACCGUUAACGAGCGUGAAGACUCCAGGAGCCAUGACGGGACAGUAAUCCGAAGUGUUGAGAUGACUCUUUCUUAUGGUGAAACAGUUUCGUACCGACUCUCGUCGGACGAAGAGUUCUCGAAACUGAUUCAGUGUUAUACAACGCGGAAAUUCUAUCGGUCCCUUCGUAUUUUCUGCAUCGAAGACGAACGAGAUAUUACGAAAAAAUGACGUUCAAAUCUCUAAUCAAUCUUGCAAGCUUCGGGAAGCCUUCUUACACACCUAUCGAACGAUAUCACGGUGAUGGAGGUGGUUAUCAUCAUCAUCGAUGGCGAGGAAGCUCCUCUAAAGGGAAGGGUGGAAGUGGCGCAGCGCUGAGUGCGUUGACUUUGCUCGCUUUUUUGUUUCUCAUAAACGUCAUGCAGCAAUCUCUGCAGGAUAACAACUCGACGGCUACUUCAACUACUGCGGUGCUGUUGCGAGAUACUGAGUUGCCGGUAAUUUUGGACAAUGGAGAGAGCAAAGAUGCCAAGACAAAGGACGAGUUUUCACGUGUGACAAACUCUUACGAUUUAAGAACGACGACAAAGGAUCGUAUAUAACGUGUGGCAAUCUUGUAGUCUCUCAAUAGAUU